CUCUUUGCCUUCCUCAGAUCAAUGCCCUGGCCACUCACUUUCUGAUGUUGCACGACGGGAAAUGCUUUGAAUACUUGCGACAUGGCUGCGCGCAUUGAUUGCCAAGAGUGACAGCAGCUUUACCCAUCGUCUUCUCUUGUCUGAGUGUGAGAGAGAGAAAGAGAGAGAUAGAGAGAGAAGCAGAUAAAGAACAGAUAGGCGAACAACAAAAGGUACUUGUAGUUUUUUGGACAGCUGAACUUCACAAAGAGCAUACGGGAUCCCCUCAUAUGGCCCCGUGUGAGCAGACUUAAGUUUUCGCUCAACAGAUAGCUCAGUGAUCAUUUUCUAUAAAGUAGUCUAGCAGUCUUUACGCACGGGAAAGGACGCAUUAAUAUCUUCUCCACGGCUCAGAUCAUCAAGGACUAAUCUGCGGGUGGAUCUCGGGGUGACUUGAGCUUUUUGACAAGACUGAGAAAGGCAACAUUUCCCACCUGGGCUCAGCAUAAGAUAUAGACUCGCUGACGCUGAUGUGCCAGUUUUUACAUGAAUUCAAAAUCAACCGACCAGUGAUCGCUGGAAGCUGGGGAUUGAGUCUUUCAGUUUUUAACCCCACACGCUGACAUGGAGGGCUUUCUUCGUAGCAGCUUUUUACUGAGCAGAGUCAUGUCUUCCAAGCAAGCCACAUCUCCUUUUGCCUCUGUGGUUGAUGGGGAUGAUGCUAUGAGUCAGGAGCACUUGUCUUGGGAGAAAGAGGAGAGUGCUGAGGCCCAUGGCACACCACAGUUGCCCCUGCACAGUCUCCUCCAUGGAAAAGCCCAUCCCGAUGAAAUGCAGCCACUCAGCAGUGUACCACCAGAGAGUGAUUGGGACAGCCUGGUGUCAGCCCAACAGCGCAUGGAAUCUGACAGCAAUAAAGUAUGUUCCCUGUACUCCUUCCGGAACAAUUCCACUUCCCCACACAAGCCGGAGGAGGGGGCCCGGGAGCGAAGUGACCUGCUGAGUGGAUCAGCAUUUGGAACUCCAGAGCGCCGCAAAGGAAGCCUGGCAGACGUAGUGGACACGCUGAAGCAAAAGAAGCUGGAGGAGAUGACAAAGACAGAGCAAGACGAAUCCUCAUGCAUGGAGAAACUUCUCUCUAAAGACUGGAAAGAAAAGAUGGAGAGACUCAACACCAGUGAACUUCUGGCAGAAGUGAAAGGUACUCCAGAGAGCCUGGCAGAAAAGGAACACCAGCUCUCCACAAUGAUCACCCAGCUAAUCAGCCUGCGAGAGCAGCUUCUGGCUGCCCACGAUGAACAGAAGAAGCUCGCCGCUUCGCAGAUGGAGAAACAGAGGCAACAAAUGGAGUUAGCUCGUCAGCAGCAGGAGCAGAUUGCAAGACAACAGCAGCAGCUUCUGCAGCAGCAGCACAAAAUCAACCUCCUCCAGCAACAGAUCCAGCAGGUCCAGGGUCACAUGCCUCCGCUCAUGAUCCCCAUUUUUCCACACGACCAACGCACUCUGGCAGCAGCAGCCGCCGCCCAGCAAGGCUUUCUCUUCCCUCCAGGAAUGUCUUAUAAGCCAGGUGAUAACUACCCGGUGCAGUUCAUUCCAUCCACAAUGGCAGCUGCAGCAGCGUCAGGACUCAGCCCCCUCCAGCUUCAGCAACUGUAUGCCGCCCAGCUUGCCAGCAUGCAGGUCUCUCCUGGAGCCAAGAUGCCUCCACUCCCCCAGCCCCUCAAUACUAGUGGGCCCAUCUCUCCCUCCUCUCUGAAGAAUGACAAGAGUUCCUCCAGCCCCAUCACUCAAGUCAAGGAGGAGGGAACACAGCCGCUCAACCUGUCUGCUCGGCCAAAGACGACAGAACUGGUCAAAUCCCCCACAUCCCCGACACAAAACCUGUUCCUCGGCAGUAAAAGCAGCCCUAACAGUCUCCUCAGCAAGGGUGGUAUCCCCAGCCCACUCGGAGGAGGCCUGGGCCGUGGCUCGUCUCUGGAUAUCCUGUCCAGCCUAAACUCUACCGCGUUGUUCGGGGACCAGGACACAGUGAUGAAGGCCAUCCAGGAGGCUCGGAAAAUGAGGGAGCAGAUCCAGAGGGAACAGCUGCAACAUCACCAGCAGGGCAUGGAGGCAAAGCUGUCCGCCCUCACUUCAGUGGGCCUCAACAACUGCAGAGUUGACAAGGAGAGGGCGCAUUUUGAGAGCAUCGGGCACCACCUCGGCAAACUGGGUGAGGAAGGAAAGAUCGGCCACAGAGUUAUUGACCUCACCAGGCCAGAGGAUCUAGAUGGAGGUGCUGGAUCUACUGAGGCACGAGUCUUCAGGGAAGCCCGAGGAAGGAACAACAACGAACCCCACAUUAAGAGGCCAAUGAAUGCAUUCAUGGUGUGGGCCAAGGAUGAGCGGCGCAAGAUCCUCCAGGCCUUCCCUGACAUGCACAAUUCCAACAUAAGCAAGAUCUUGGGUUCUCGGUGGAAGUCCAUGACUAACCAGGACAAGCAGCCAUACUAUGAGGAGCAGGCCCGUCUGAGUAAGCUCCACCUAGAGAAGUACCCAAACUACAAGUACAAGCCACGGCCUAAGAGGACCUGCAUUAUUGACGGAAAAAAACUCCGUAUUGGAGAGUACAAGCAGAUGAUGCGCUCACGGCGACAAGAGAUGAGGCAGUUCUUCACUGUGGGACAGCCACCACAGAUUCCCAUCACCACCAGCGCCAGCAUGGUCUAUCCUGGGGCCAUCACCAUGGCGACCACCACACCCUCACCUCAGAUGACAUCAGAGUGCUCGAGUGCCUCAGCCAGUCCUGAGCCAUCCAUUCCUGUCAUUCAGAGCACCUACAACAUGAAGCUAGAGCCCAGUACCAUGGCAAACAACAGCGAGCCGGUCAAUGGCGAGGACGAGAUGGACAUGUACGAGGAUUUUGAGGAUGAGCCCAAAACAGACUAUAGUAGUGAAAAUGACACACAAGAGCCAGUCAGCGCCAACUGAGACCUCCUUAAUGGAAGAGGCCAAUGCAGACACAACACUCAUACAGGAGAAUGGCCAGAGGGCUGGUCUGAUCUGAUCUGAUCUGAGGGAGCGAGAGAGCAAAAGAAAACUACGCCACAAAGGUUUAAAAAGGUUUAAGAAAAAAAACAAAAAAGAUGUAUCAUUUAGGAGCCUGCAUGCAGAUGUGGCUUCAACAGAAUCAAAAGCUAUUUGGUCUUAAGUGUUUCUUCAAGUGUGUGAAGCAGUUUGGUUGUGGUAAUUUAGAUUUCUUUUUCUUAUCUCAUUGUUUAUUUUGUCAUUGUGAUCAUGGACAUUUUCACAAUUAGGUCAUUGCCUAGAACUAAAGACGGAACUUGAAAUUGAAUAUUUGAUAUGAAACUAUAAUUCUUUCAGUCAUUUAACUUGUUUUCCUCUUCAAUUAGGUGAUUUUGAUAUAUUGCAUAACUGUUCAAGAUGGGAAUAAUAUUCUCACUCAGGUAUAGUGUGCCAGCCAACAGCUUGUGAAUGUUUUUAAUCAAGAAUCAAUUAUUACCAGUACAAAAUAUCUAAAAAUUCAUAUUGAGUGAUUCCAACUUAUAACAGAGGGAAAUUACACAUUAUUAUUAUUAUUAUUAUUAUUAUUAUUAUUGUUGUUUUUGUUAUUGUUAUUACACAAACUGCAUCAUUUAGUGCAGAAGUGCCAAACAUUUCAAGUUGUUUCUAAAAAUCUGUCUUUUGGGAGAGGCUUUGUGAGGACAAUCUCUUGAUCUCUUAAUACAGCUUCAUUAUCCAGUCUUUCUUUAAUUUACCCUAACAGAAUAAACAAAUGAAACUCAGGAACUUGGAGGCAGCAGGCUCUGCAGGAGGUUACAGUGUGUGACAUCUUUGGGUGGUAGCUUGUGAUGCUAGCUGUUCUCCAGGGAGCCCAAUGCAGUGAUCAUCAAUGAAAUCGGCCAGCCCUUUCAUUUCCUCAUCCCAGUCCACACAGAGCACCGUGACAUCCUUAACUCUUUUCCAGCUCUCCAGCCCAGCCUGACUCACCAAGUUCUUAAUCAGAGUGAUUGUAAUCAGGCCAGAAUGCUAAAGGGCCAAAGGCCUCCAAUCUGUGGGAUUGGAACAGCAGCGAAAGGCAGCUUUGGGGGCAUUACAAUCUCAAAUUGAUGUUGUACAAUGUGUAGCUACAGUAUGUUCAGUUAAACGCUUUGGCCCCAUUUGGACGGCAAGUUUAAAGUCUUACGUCUUAGAACUUAAUAUUUUUUUCAAUCUUAAUUCUUUUUAGACAUUGUAAAUCUUAAAUUGACACUAAGAAGUCUUAAAGCAGAGCACGGACAUCGGGCUGAUGCAAUGAGUUGAUUACUGCCGUAGUCUUAAGAGGAGUGACAGUGACAAGCAUAUUUAUAAACUGAGAGGAAGGCUAAAAUCAUACGUUUGUUUCUUAAAUUACCUCGUAAUAUACACAUGACAAGGGUAACUUGUAACAGUGAUUUUUGCAUUAGUGCACUUAUAUAAAUCUUAUUUUGUUACCCUUGAGCCUUACGUAUUUUUAAUAAUCUUAACAGCUUUUGGAAUGCACUUAAGUCAUGCAUUUAAAACAGGAUAACAUGCAAUGACUCAGAAACAAGGGGCACAAAGUCUCUAUCCUAAUUUCAGCAAAAAGCUGACAAGUGGUGACCUUCUGGAGACUGUAGCUAGAUAAAGCAAGGCCCUGAUGUUGAGACUCAGAUCCUCUUUACAGGGCAGAAGGUCUAAGUGGCUCCCCUCCCUGCCAUGCCCUGCUCUGACCCCUGCCUGUGGCAACCUCAGCACCCAGGGGGCGCCAUCUGGCUCAGAGAAGGAGAAAACACCAGGGAGGGAUGGGAAACAAUAAAAACGGUGUGUGUGUCCCUCAUUGUGCUCUCCAUCAAAGUGCUGGUAGUAAGGCCUCAACAGGGCUCCCACCCUGGCCCAAUCACCAGGCACUGGCGAGCAGAUGGAACAAGUACAUCAAGCUGUGGGGGAUUAUUAAAAUGACUGACGACUGGGUAUCAUCUGAAAUACAGCAUUAUUAAUGCAUGAGUCCAGCUAUUCCCCUCCCUUGCCCUUGAACCUGUCCAUUUCAGAAAGAGCACAGAGCUUUUUGAAGGAUCUGAAUGGCUGGUUACUGGCUUUAACUGGUCAAGAUCCACCCACUGCUGGUCACUGCAUUUUUCUCCUAGCUCUAAUUGGUACAGAUGGCUCUUUAUAUCUCUUAAGCACGCAUUUCUUCUGUACUCUUAUUGUCUUAUUGUCAGUGCUGGCUUGCAUUGUUCCUACUUUUUGGAAGCAUUUAUAUUAAGUCUUGUAGGUUUUUUAACCACCCCAUUAAUAACUGCCAUUUUAUUUUUUUCCCAUCUCAUCUUUUCUACGUUGUUCUCGUUUUGAGGUACAAGAUAUUUUCAGGAUGCUCUCCUACAAACAAACCCAAGUGGAUUUCCCUCAAAUUCAACCUGUUUGGUAUUUUUAAGCUGUUUGCUCCUGUUUGCUGGUGGUUAGAUUGAUUUGUAUGUGAUUGUAAAUAUUUUCAUGACCAUGCCACACUGCUUUAGUUGGCUGGUAGUUAAAAAGGACUCUUCACGGAACUGAAACUUGACUGUGCUUAUAUAGCGAAAAAGACAAAAAAAAAGAAAGAAAAAAAUGACAAGAACUCACGAGGAGACGAUGUUUCAUAAGUGUUAUAAGCACUGGAUAUAAAUUGUAUUUUUAUCAAUUCUGAUUAAUGUGAAGCUGUUUGAGGAAAAACACCCUGAAUGAACAAAAUUCCCCAGUUGGACUCAAGUGGGUUUGCUCUCACAGUUGCCAGAUUUGAGUCAUUUUUUUUUGUCUACUUAUUUUGUUUAUUUAUGCAAAGACACAUAUGAUGAAUGAACACUUUGUUUAAGCUUCAGGGCUGCCUAGGGGAGAGACUCAGCACAAGAAAGUGAGCAGAAAAUUCAACAGCAGGCUCAGUUAGCCUUCAAACACCAGACUUCAGACUUCAGACUUCAGUGCAUUGUAUAUUGUAUUUGAAACUGUAGAGUAUCAACAUAUUGUAUUUAUUAUUAGCCACUGUUGGCUCUAAAAUUGUCAGUAAGCCAACAACAUGGACAAUCAGAGAAAUGGACAAAAAAAAGAUGUUUGAUGAAUCGGAGCUAAAAAAACGGUUUUCAGUGAAUUCACCAUCUCAUUUAGAUUUUAUUGUAAAUAUAACAUAGGAAAUAUAUUUUUGUUCAUUAGUGAAGUAUAAGUUAUGUAUUUGGCUGUUCUAUUUUAUUUUCUUUUUUCAUGUUUUGUUUUUGUACAUGGUUUCAUGUUUUUAAAAUCUGACAAGUCACUGUACCUCAUGUAGAUGCUGAGUUUUUCUGCUUUAUUGGAAGAGAGCAGUAUUGGACCUGAGACAAAGAGAAGCACCUCACUUGCUUAUGUUUUGAUAAUCUUCCCUGGACUAUUCAAAGAACCAAUCAAAAUAAAAGCUAUACUCAUUAGACUUGUUAACAUAGGAGUCAUUACAAGUAAGGUACUCAUUUGAACAACAAGCACUUGAUGUAAAAGAAUUAUUCAAUAAUUUGUUUCCAAUCAUGAUACAAUCUAAGUCAUAUGCUGUAUAUCGUCACUUGUAUUUUGUGUUUAUUACAACACCCACAGUAUGUGGCAAAUCUUUUAUGAGGAGCUGAUAUCAUCCUAAAGAAAUCUGCAUGCAUUUGGCUUGCAUUUACAUUAUCAUAAUUAACAAAGAUGUUUUUUUCAUGAAUGAUUGUUUUAGAUUUUUGUUUUGAAAGGUGGGAGUGUGCAAAUAUUUAUUUGUUUUAAUGUGGCUAAAUGCACAGACAUUGUGCUUUCUUCUUAGUUAAUUCUAAUGAACGUGUUCAUGACUAUCCAGCCAUCUGUAAAUGUAGCCCUCACAAUUGUUUUCUCUUAAUUCACUUGUUAGACAUGCAAAUGGUUUGAAUGAACAACUGAAGACAAAGGCUUCUAUGCUGUUUCAACAUUACUUACUGUAAUUUCAUAUUUUUUUCUGUCUGAACUUUGUGAUGUAUAUGGUGGGAAUGUUCUCUGUGUUAAUUUAAUCAGCACAAUUCACUGACAUGCUGGACUGACAUGCUAGCUGCUGUUCAGAAGUGUAAAAUUUGUUGUUCAGGGCAACAUUUAUAGUUGUCUUUGGUACUUUGCUUUUUAGAGUUGUCUCUCAAGCAACACUGUGUGUGGCUCUUCUAUCACUGGAGCCGUUGUUUUGAAAUUGCUGGCAGCCUGAUACAAUUUUCUGCAUAGAAAUCUUUUGUUGUUUUCCUGGCAGGUACCUAGGCCCAUGGCAAGUAUUGUUUGGGUGUUAUUAGAGAAAAUGAAAUACAUAGUGUCUGUUGCUGCUUUAAAAAAAAGUUUAUGUCUGAAUAUGUAAAUAGUUUAUCAUAAUAUCUUGUACAGUCCAAUGUAAAGUUUUUAAUUCAACUUAAAAAAAAAUGUUGCCAUCACAUUUGUGUUCACAUUCUUCUUUAUACAGUACAAAAGAUCAAUUAUUUGCUAGGGGUAUUAUUGCUAAAAAGAAAAAAAUGAAAAUGUUACUAAUUUUUUUUUUUUUAUGUUUGUUUUGUUUUGCUUGGCUUCAAAGUGUACACCAGCAAGUCUUUGGUUUCCAUGUGCAGUAUUGACGUGAGGUAAAUUUAAGGUGAAUAAUUUUACAGUGGUGUGUGUGGAGAGCAAUCUCCUCGGCUUUGGUAGUAUUAAUACACUAUAUCAAGUAAAAACAAACCAAUGAGUGACACAUUUGGGUGCACCUAGGCACUAUAGAAAUGUGUAUACUGUAUAUGAUUAAAUUAUCCCCACAGGAUCAAUUCAGGCAUAUUAUAAUGUAACACCAUUUUCUGUAUGUCUCAGUCCAUUGUAACAAUGCAACAGUGGGAUGAAUAACUGCCUGUUUAAGCUCAUUUACCUCAAGAAUUUCCUCCUUUUCUGUAAAAGAGACAGAAAUCGUGUUACAGAAAACUUCUCCCAUCACUCCAUCUUUUGUACUGCUGUUGACACUUACAAAUUAAAGAGACAUUUUGUUUUAAGAA